AUGGCCAAAAAAUCCUUCCGAGUAGUUGUCUUGUCCGGAGACGGAAUAGGCCCUGAGGUUGUAUCCGAGGCCGUCCGAGUGCUUGAGGUGGUGUCUGCAUCCUCACCGGAUGUAGAACUCAAGCUCGAGCCACAUCUCUUCGGUGGAUGUGCGAUCGAUGCAACGGGUCAGCCUCUGCCGGAAUCCACGCUUCAGGCGUGCAAGGAGGCGGAUGCCAUCCUUAUGGGCUCUGUCGGAGGUCCCAAGUGGGAUGUGAACAGCAAAGUCCGCCCGGAACAGGGCUUGCUUGGCCUGCGCAAGGCCCUUGGCCUCUACGCGAACAUCCGUCCGGCGAACUUCGCGUCGGAGUCCCUUCUCGCGUACUCCCCGCUCAAGCCAAGUGUGGCACAGGGUGUGGACAUCAUCGUUAUCCGUGAGCUCAUCGGCGGUGCAUACUUCGGCGAGCGCAAAGAGCUUGGACCCAACGACGAUACGGCCUAUGACACCAUGAUCUACAGCAUCCCCGAGGUGCAGCGAAUCACGCGUGUCGCGGCGCAGAUUGCGCUCACCUCCAACCCACCUCUUCCGAUUCACUCGAUCGAUAAGGCAAAUGUGCUCGCAAGCUCUCGCUUGUGGAGGAAGGUGGUUGUGGAGACCCUCCAGAAUGAGUAUCCACAACUCAAGUUGGACCACACCCUCGUGGACUCCGCGUCCAUGAUCAUAGUUGCGAACCCGAAGAAGCUGAACGGUGUGAUUGUAACUGAGAAUUUGUUCGGUGACAUCCUAUCGGAUGAGGCGAGCGUUAUCCCAGGUUCCCUCGGCUUGCUUCCGUCCGCAUCUUUGGCCGGCGCACCCUCCGUCGCAGACGCGCUCUCGCCAGACUUCAAGCCGACGCCAGGAUUGUAUGAGCCCAUUCAUGGGUCAGCCCCCGAUAUCGCUGGCCAGGGGAUCGCAAACCCUGUCGGCACUAUUCUCAGCGCAGCAAUGCUUUUGCGAUACUCCCUAGGCCUCAAUCGUUACGCACAGGCGAUCGAAGAUGCUGUGCGGAAAGUACUCGAUGACAAGGAGAAGGGCGGGUUCGAGCUGCGAACAGCAGAUCUCGGGGGUAGUGUGAAGACGAAAGAGAUUGGCGACAAGAUUGUCGAGGUCCUGAAGGGACUGCUGUGA